AUGUCGGACGUUACAACGCUCUAUUUCUCGACUCCGCCGGUCGCGAGGACUGUGGCUACAGCCGUGUUCGUCGCUUCCGUCGGUGUCUACACAGGGAUGCUAUCCAUAUAUGGCUUCUUCUUCCAUUAUUCGAUGCUCCUCAAGUUCCCGCCAGCGAUUCACCGUUUGGUAACGAGCUUCCUUAUCACGUCGAAAGACUUGGGUGUGCUCUUUGACACGUAUUUCGUGUAUAACUACCUCAGCCAACUGGAAAAGGGCAAUGCCAAAUUCUCCAAAAAGGCGGAUUUGAUAUGGUACCUCAUGUUCGUCAGUGGCGUCAUCAUUUUGGUCAAUCAACUUUUCACUGGAGCUGUCCUCUAUCUGCAUGGCUUGCUUAUAGCAAUCUGCUACACUGCGACCCAAGAUCAACGGGGGAUGCAAGCACAUUUUUAUGUAGUGACUGUUCCUGCUCAACUCAUGCCUUGGUGCAUGCUCUUGGCCCAGCUUCUGUUUGCUGGUUGGGGUUCAUUUUUAUUGGGUCUCACCGGGAUCUUUGCUGCCCAUUUGCACGACUUUUUGACGCGAAUCUACCCUGAAUUUGGUCAUGGUGUAAACUUGAUCCCAACUCCUGGGUUCAUAUCUUGGAUCCUGGCUACUCCGCGGAUGACGAAUAUGGGUUAUGGCACAUCAAUCACACCUCGAUCCGGUUCCAGUGGACGGGGUGGUCCCUUGCCAGAUUCAUGGAGAAGCAAAGGACCAGGGAGACGCCUCGGUUAA